UGGGGAUAUUGACCGUCGUGUGCGCUUUGUAUUUGCUAAGGUCUUUUUUUGUUUGUACUGAAUGUUUGUCGACACAAACAUAUGUCGCGCAAAAUCAACAACAACCAACACAAGUCACAAUAAAAUGUUGCCUUAAAUACCGACAGAUAGCGAGUGGGAAACACACUGUGUACAUACGGGUUAUUCGCUGCGGAUGCAUAACGGGCGCUCUUUGGCAGCGAUGGGUCUCAACGGCAAUUGCAGUGCGCAACAACACAAAAGCAGGCACACAAAUGGCCUCCUCCAUCCAAAUGCUGUCAGGUUGACUCCGACUCCGAUUCCGACUCCAACGAUGGAAAAUCAGCUAAGAGCGCGACUCGCCCAGGUGAAGCAGGAGCAUUUGGUAAAGUUUUGGCCAGAGCUCAAUACGGAGCAGCGUGCGUGUCUGGCGCGCGACAUCGCGGUGCUCAAUUUGGAUGAAAUCAAGCAAUAUUUCGAUCGUGCCACAAUUUCAAUGAACGAGAACAGCGUCAAGCUCGAUGAUCGCCUCCAGCCCAUACCCGAUGGCAAAAUUCUGUCCAUUGCUGGCACCACCGAGGACAAACUGAACAUGUAUCGGGAGGAGGGACUCCAACAGAUUGGCAACGGACGUGUCGCUGUGCUGCUCAUGGCAGGCGGUCAAGGCACCCGACUCGGCUUCGACCAGCCCAAGGGGAUGUACGAUGUGGGUCUGCAGUCGCACAAGACGCUCUUUCGCAUACAGGCGGAGCGCAUACUUAAGGUGGAGCAGCUGGCCAUGGAGGUGGUCGGCAAGCGGGGCCAUAUCGUGUGGUACAUCAUGACAUCGGAGCACACAAAGCAGCCGACCCUCGACUACUUUGCGGCCAACAACUAUUUUGGGCUACGGGAGGAUCAAGUGGUGCUCUUCGAGCAGGGUUCGCUGCCCUGCUUUGACUACGACGGACGCGUCAUUCUCGACGAGAAGCAUCGCGUCUCACGCUCCCCCGACGGCAAUGGUGGCAUCUAUCGUGCCAUGGAACGGUCGGGUGUUCUGGACGAUAUACAACGGCGGGGCAUACUCUAUCUGCACGCGCACAGCGUCGACAACAUAUUGAUUAAGGUGGCCGAUCCCAUCUUCAUUGGCUACUGUGUGAAGGAGCAGGCCGAUUGUGCCGCCAAAGUGGUGGAGAAAUCGUCACCCAACGAGGCUGUCGGCGUCGUUGCCAUUGUCGAUGGCAAAUACCAGGUGGUGGAGUACAGUGAAAUCUCGGCCACGACGGCCGAGAUGCGCAGCGCCAAGGGACGGCUAAAGUUUAGCGCUGGCAACAUAUGCAAUCAUUUCUUUUCGGCCGCGUUCCUCAACAAGAUCGGGCGCACCUAUGAGCGGCAACUGAAGCUGCACGUGGCCAAAAAGAAGAUACCGUUUGUGGACAAUGCCGGCAAACGGCUGACGCCCGACAAACCGAAUGGCAUCAAGAUCGAGAAGUUCGUCUUCGAUGUGUUCGAGUUUGCCGAGAAGUUUGUGGUGAUGGAAGUGCCGCGGGACGAGGAGUUUAGCGCCCUGAAGAAUGCCGAUGCGGCUGGCAAGGAUUGCCCCAGCACAGCACGCGCCGACUUGCAUCGCCUGCAUCGCAAAUAUAUCAAAGAUGCUGGUGGCAUGGUGCACGGUGAGAUUUGUGAGAUUUCGCCGCUUGUCAGCUAUGCUGGAGAGAAUCUCGCUCGUCUCGUUGGUGGCAAAUCGUUCACCAGUCCCGUUCAUCUCUGCGAUCCCAUGCAGGGACAUCUCUAGACCACACACAUACUUACAUAUAUAUAUAAAUGUACAUAUAGACUGAUGAAUGUGUUUAGUUUCUGUAUACAAAACUUGGUUCAUCGAAAAAUUCCAUAGUUUCUCAGUACUUAAGCGCAACUCUUUGAUAUAUAUUUGAUUAGUCGCGAACAUUUUGUUUAAUCUUUAGUUAUCAUUCUCUGUGCAAUCGGAAUAGAAUUAAAUAUAUAUAUAUAUAUACGAUGCAUACAAUACAAUAUUUGCAUAUUUUAAUAUUGUAAAAUACUAUAUCACAAAGUUUGUUUAAUUAUAAUUGUGUUUAAUUAGAC